GAGGGGGCGUGGCCGCGCUCCGGGCGCCGGGGGCGGUCUCUGCGGGGCGCACUGUGUGGCCGCGGCCAUGAAGCCGCAGCCGCCGGGCUAGGUCCCGGGCGGCUCCAGCCCAGGACGUCCCGCAGGGGCUGGGCCCUGUUCCCGGCCCAGUAUCCGGGCCGGCGGGUGGCUCCUCACCAUGCCUGGCAAGCACCAACACUUCCAAGAACCCGAGGUCGGCUGCUGCGGGAAAUACUUCCUGUUUGGCUUCAACAUUGUCUUCUGGGUGCUGGGAGGCCUGUUCCUAGCCAUCGGCCUGUGGGCCUGGAGUGAGAAGGGCGUUCUCUCCAACAUCUCUGCGCUGACAGAUCUGGGAGGCCUCGAUCCCGUGUGGCUGUUCGUGGUGGUUGGAGGUGUCAUGUCGGUGCUGGGCUUUGCUGGUUGUAUUGGUGCCCUCCGGGAGAACACUUUCCUGCUUAAGUUUUUCUCUGUGUUCCUUGGCCUCAUCUUCUUCCUGGAGUUGGCGACAGGGAUCCUGGCCUUCGUCUUUAAGGACUGGAUUCGAGACCAGCUCAACCUCUUCAUCAACAACAACGUCAAGGCCUACCGGGAUGACAUCGACCUCCAGAACCUCAUUGACUUUGCUCAGGAAUAUCGGAGGGAAAGGAGCAGUGCUGUGAAAAGAGGGCGCGGUGCUUCUCCGGCUGGCGCUGAGCAGUGGUCUUGCUGCGGAGCCCGUGGGCCCAAUGACUGGAACCUCAAUAUCUACUUCAACUGCACUGACUUGAACCCCAGCCGGGAGCGCUGUGGGGUGCCCUUCUCCUGCUGCGUCCGGGACCCUGCGGAAGAUGUCCUCAACACCCAGUGUGGCUAUGAUGUGCGGCUCAAACUGGAGCUGGAGCAGCAGGGCUUCAUCCACACCAAAGGCUGCGUGGGCCAGUUUGAGAAGUGGCUGCAGGACAACCUAAUCAUUGUGGCCGGGGUCUUCGUGGGCAUCGCCCUGCUUCAGAUCUUUGGCAUCUGCCUGGCCCAGAACCUCGUGAGUGACAUCAAGGCAGUGAAGGCCAACUGGAUCAAACAUGAUGAUGGCUACAAACUGCUCAAAUAAACAAAACUUUGAAAACCACUGGCUUAUGCCCACCACCUUGGAGGUUCUGUCAGCUGCACGGUCUCACAGAGCUCUCCAGCAAGGGCUGCUGGCCCAGACCCACCCUCCCAGCAAAGCUUCUUUGGCCUGGGUAGUUUAUACAUUUGAGACAACCUUUAAAAAAUGGGCAUAUUUCACAUAAAAGUCCAGAUGCCCUGCUUCUCUUGAAGAAUGACCAUCUGGCCACACCAGCGCUUCCGUGGCAUUGUCACCGGGACAUAAGCUUCCAUGGUCACUGAGGCCCCGUUUGGCCUGUUCUCACCUAAGUGCCCCGCCUGACCUCCAUGGGCUGGGAGUUGGCCUCCCUCCCCCUCUUUGGAUUAUCGCCUGCAAAUCCCACAGGCAGCUGUGGCAGAGACUGAAGCGAGGCACAGGGAUAUGAAGAAUGGGGAGACUGGACCUCAUCCUGAAGAGGGGCUGGCUGCAGAAGGGUCCAGCCCUGCUGGGGACUGAGGUGGGUGCCAGAGUGCCCAGGAAGGUGGCUGAAUGGUGGGUGGGGAUCAGGAAGAUGGUGCAGAUGAAGUUGCUGGAAUCCCAAGGUGUAGCACCUAGAGGGUCGAAAGGAACCUGUUUUGGGGCCACGGAUGAUGGUUCUUAGCAGCGAUGGAAAACCUUUUAGAGCUUUCAGUGAUAACAAACAUCCAGCUAUGGCACAUGUGCCCUAGGUUCGCCACCACUAGUUCUUAGGCAUGGGUGGAAUCAAGUUGGCAAAGCUUCCUGUGGCCACUAGAGGGCGCACCAGCACAGCAUUUCCUAGGUUUGGCUGUUUUCCUUCCCAACCUCACCCCAGCAGAAUAAAGUCUGCCCCUCUUCCUAGCACUUCAGAGUUGGCUGGAUUUGAAAACUUGUAAAGGAGCAAAAUAGCUCAGGCUUGGGAAGUUUGCUUCUCGAUUCUGCGCUUUCACAGUUGUACUCUGAAGAGGCGCGUGGAGUGGCCCUGCCUCACCUCCCUGGGCCUGCAGGAGACAGGGGGGAGUGGAUGAGCUCAGAGGUCUCAGCUCAGAUUCCCUCAGGGCCUGGCAGGUUUUUGCUGAAUGAAGUUGGCCUUAGAGAGCUGAGGCCCGCUUCCCUUUGACAGCCGCAGUGGAUGGGGACAGGACACAGCAGUUGGUACCAUCAGUGAUCAUGGCCUUCAAGAACAGUGGGGUGAGGCGGGCACUGUGUGGCGGGUGGUCUGGACAUGCUACAAUAAAUGCGGCUCCAAAUGCA